GGCGCCUACUAACUAGACUGUACGUAUACGUUUCCGAACUUUCUGCAGCAUGAUGGCAUGAUAGCCCUUUAGAGAGAGCGAAAGACGCGUCAGAGCGUACAGACGCUACUGCAAGCAAGGUGCAUGGACUACCUAACAUGGUAUAAGCAAUUUGACAGUAUAAAUUGAUACAUUGUAUCUAAAUACAUCUAUUAGUAAUUGAAUUUGAACGCUAGAUUUUUUAUGCUGUGGCAUGCAUGGUGUCCGGUACACUAGGAAUGAAUGAAUGAUAUAUUUCUGUCGCACCUAAAUAUGUUACGUAGUAGUUAACGCAUGGUAGGGAGACGAUAUCCAGUUUAUUGACCGAGGUCUUAUCAUUUCGGGAAGCCCCUCAAGACCGAGGUCAAUACACUGGAUAUCGUCGACCCUACCAUGCAUUAACCUAUUUGUUGCAUGUUUAACAUCCUACUGUCAUUAGAGUUCAUAGAUUAUUCAAGUUGAAUUAGAGUGGUUGUGUAUUGCAAUGACAGCUAAAGUUUUAUGUCAAACAACCACAUUUUGACAGCUGUGAAGUGUUGUCGACGUGCACGUCGGCCCCAUAAGGCCACGUGCUCAAAAGUAUUAGUACAGUACAGUAUUCACGUGUUUUGCCAGCGUGAUGUCGGAUCAGAAAGAAGACCGUAAUAGUGACCAGGACGACGACUUUCAGCCGCCAACAAAGAUGAGACGCAUUGGUUCCAAAAAGGUUACCACUAGUACUAGCCAGCUUGACAGCAGAUUUGCUGAAAAGACAGUACGGACAAAGUACAGGAGUACAGCAAGGGUACGGUUUGCAAGAACACGACUGCCUGCAACAGUUGGACGAUGCAAACAUUUGAAGCAUGGAGAAGCAAUCGAAACAAGGAUGCUCUACAAGAAGAGCAGGUACCCACAGACAUUCUCUCAACGAAGGAUUCACAACUUUUGCAAGAGUGGCUAAUAUGGUUCCUACUGGAAGUCUGUCGAGAAUUACGUCAAGAAGGACUAGGAACGAUCCGCAAGGGUUCCAGUGUAUUCACUGCUGAAGAAGAAGACAGUCUAGGGAAGAAGGGAGUAAUUGGCUUAGACACACCUGUAAAACUACUGAGGGCAGUAUUCUUUUAUAAUGGGAUAAACUUUGCUCUUCGGGGUGGUGCGGAGCACAGAAGCCUCAAAUGGAGUCAGGUGACUAGAUGCAGCCAAACCACAGACGGAUUGUCAAAAGUCUGUUACAUUUAUGUCGAGCACGGAUCCAAAAAUCAUAGUGGUGGACUGCAUGAUUUACGGCAUCCAAACAAGAAAGUCACAAGAUACGCUAAUAAAGAAGCUGGUGACCGUUGCCACGUAAAAAUUUUGGAUCUCUAUCUUAGUAAGUUGCCAGCAGGAUUUUCUCGAGAAGCCUUCUAUUAUAAACCUUUGUCGUCUACUCCUUCAUUUGGUCCUUGGUAUUCAGAGCAAGUAAUCGGUCAUAACACGUUGGCUACAAUGAUGAAAGUGAUGACAGCUGAAGCUGGUCUUCCAGUUCGAACCAACCACGCUCUUCGAGCUACUAGUGCGACAAGGCUGUUUCAAGCGGGAGUUCCUGAACAUGUAAUUCAAGGCAGAACCGGCCACAAAACCUUGCAAGCACUGAGACAAUAUCAAGAGCCAUCCGAAUUGCAGCAAAUGGCAGCGUGCAAAGUUUUGGACAAUGGCCAUGGACACACCGAUUACAUUGACGCAAAAGUCAAGGAGUCCGGAGAGACAACGGAACAGGCAGAUGAGCUGAAAGUAGAGGUUGAACAGCCGUCUGAAACAGGAAGACAGAAUCCGGCGCCAAUUGUCAUUUCUGACCCGUCUUUACAAACUGCAGUACUGUGAACAUUAUUAUUGGUAAAGAAUAAGCUUGUAAUCUAAAAUAGGUACGCCCAUGUAUUGAUUGCUAGUUGGUUUGCAGUAUACAGAUUCUGACCGGUCAAUAAACGUUUAUUGACCGUUUAUUGACCGGUAAAUAUACAAUAUGUGGUUGAGUUGCUAUGGUAGGAGUGUAAUAU